UUUUUUUUACAAAAAAAAUGCAUCAUAUCUUUUACGUUUAUACUUUUCUUUCUCUUUAAACAAUGAUUAUACAUUGGACAGUGCCGUUAAAAAUCCUUUAUUCUAUUAUUAUAUCAUCUUUCUUUGUAUUGCCUGCCUUGAUAGGAUAUGCUUUAAGACUUGAAAUAACUCGUAGAUCAUUUUGGGUGUUGGGCGUUUAUGGGUCUGUUGUCUUUAUGUUUAUUUUUUUACAACUCUUAUUUGCUAGUUUAAAUCGUUUAUUCACUUAUUAUUAUGCAAGACGAUUACCUAAUGCAGUAUCUUUAUCAACCUCUAGGGGGACCAAAAAUAUCAAUGAAAAAGUAGCCGAGAUUGAAUGCACCAACGGCAAUACGAUUUCAAAAAAUACUGCAAAACCGACAUUAUCCUCAUCUGAAGUGGAGGGAAUCACAAUAGAACAAUCUCCCCCACUUUCUUCUUCAAUGCUAAAAUCAUGUCCAGAAACGAUCGUAUCUAUGGAUCAAGAGACUAUGAAUGAAAAGGCAUCAGCGGGUCGUCCUGCAACGAGUAUGGGUUUAGCUGUGGUUGGCUAUCGUGAAGAGCCAACUCUAUUUAAGAAAUGCCUUCAAUCUAUCAAAGAACUCCAAUAUCCAGAUCCAUUCAAAGUGAUUGUCGUGAUUGAUGGAGACGCACCUGAGGAUAAGGAAAUGGCACAUGUCUUUCAAACUGUCUUCCCAUCCAGUCCCGUCAUGGUCCUUCCUGAGCUCCUCUCUGUUUCCUUUCAAAAAGUUCGACAAUCGUCCAAGGAAGAAGAUUUAAAUGAAUAUUAUAAUCAACUUUUACGUACUACGUAUACAUUACCUACUCAUUCGAUGCCUGUCUGCUAUAUCCAACCCCAUCGAGGUAAAAGACAUGCAAUGUAUACCGCCUUUCGUGUCUUGAUGGCAGCUGGUUGUGAGGCUAUCAUGACAACAGAUUCUGAUACCAAAUUCGAUUCUCAAGCGAUGAUCGAAAUGGAACGUGCUCUUUAUUGGUUUCCCAAUAUAGGUGCUGCUGCUGGGGAUGUCAGGAUCUGGAAUGCAACGGAUGGUGUUUUAUCUUUUAUGUCUUCCUUAAGAUAUUGGAUGGCAUUCAAUAUUGAACGUGCUGCACAAAGCUUUAAUCGUUGUGUGACAUGUGUCUCUGGACCCAUGGGUAUUUAUCGAUCGUAUGUCUUGCAAGAAAUCCUUGAUGAUUGGAUUAGUCAAACCUUUUUAGGUAUGGAGUGUACUUAUGGUGAUGAUAGACAUUUAACAAAUCGUACUUUAUUACAAGGCUAUCGUGUCGUUUAUACACAUCUUGCCUUUUGUGAAACCGAGACACCUACCGAUUUCCUUCGUUGGUUUAAGCAACAGACACGAUGGUCCAAGAGCUUUUAUCGUGAACUAUUCUGGAAUAUCCGUAGUCUUCAUAAACAUAGCCCAUGGAUGGCAGCUGAGCUCUUUUACCAAGGCAUUUAUCCAUUUGUCUUGUUGUUUUCCAUCUUUCAAAUCUUGUUUAGUAAAUCGCCUUUUGUUUUAUGUGUCUGGUUAAUCUCGUUGGCCUUGAUCGCGACUAUCAAGACCAUGUAUUCAGUUCUCAUUACUUGGCAUCUUCAAUUCCUUGCCUUCCCAUUUUAUUCCAUUUAUUAUAUGGUGGGACUUGUGCCUGCUAAGCUCUGGGCCAUCAUCUCUCUCUGGGAUAUUGGCUGGGGUACGUCAGCGAGAUCAGCCUCAGAAAGAAAAGUAGAAAUGAUGUUAUGGACAAAAUUUAAAGAGGCAUUACCCGUGAUGAUAUGGCUUACUGUCUUAUUAGGUGGUGUAGCCUUUAAUGUGGUUAUCUAUUUGGGCCAAGGGGAUCGUAUGUCUAUUCUUGAUUUCUUUAGUAUAGAUGAUAAUGUAGCUGAUCCUAAUUCUAUCGUAUUUUAUCGUAAUCCAAACAACUUUUAAUCAUAUAUUAACCAUGAUAGACAGUUGCAAUUCUAUCUCUAUAAUAUUUCAAC